ACUGGUUGUCUAAAUCGAAAUCAAGGAUAGAUGGUCAUCCCACAGGAUGUUCUAACACUUCAGAUGGCAGUAAAACAUCAAUAAUUGAAAUGUUUGGAAAACUAAGGUUUGGUUUGUGUGCUGUGUUGGUUUUUCCAGACCGCCUGCAGGAUUAUGUUGGAAAAGAGGAGGAUUUCUCUGACCAGCAGUUCUGUGGACAGGAGAGGAAUUCCAGUUUGGACCAAGAGGAACCAGAACCUCUGCAGAUAAAAGAAGAGCAGGAAGAACAAGAACAUCCCUGGACUAAAGAGGAAACCAUGGAGCUCCCCAUAAUUCAGCAUGAAGAGCAGCUUGUUCUGAAGCAGGAGACCGAAGACCGAAUGGAGGAACCUUUCCAAGGUUUGACAUUUGGAGAAAUCUUUCCAAAAAAAGAACAUUUAAUGGAUCACACGAGCACUCACUCAGGUGAGAAGAUUAAUCAAUGUCUGUCCUGUGGAAAAAGCUUCUCUCAGAAAUUAAAUCUUGUUACACACAUCAGACUUCAUACAGACCGCCUGCAGGAUUAUGUUGGAAAAGAGGAGGAUUUCUCUGACCAGCAGCUCUGUGGACAGCAGAGGAAAUCCAGUUUGGACCAAGAGGAAUCGGAACAUCCGCAGAUAAAAGAAGAGCAUCAAAAGCCAGAACAUCCCUGGAUAAAAGAGGAAACCAUGGAGCUCCCCAUAAAAGAGCAGAGAGAGCAGCUUCUUCUGAAGCAAAAGAUUAAAGAUACAAGAGAGAAACCUUUCCCAUGCUUGACAUGUGGAGAAAACUUUCUUAAAAAGAAGCAUUUAAUGGUUCACAUGAGAACUCACACAGGUCAGAAGUUUUAUUGUAUGUCCUGUGGAAAAUCUUUCACAAAGAAAUCUAGACUUAAUACACAUAUGAUAAUUCACACAGGUAAGAAGCCUUUUUCCUGUACCAUUUGUAACAAGAAUUUCACUCGAAAAAGUGAUUUGACUACUCACAUGAUAAUUCACAAAGGUGAGAAGCCUUUUGAAUGUCUGUCCUGUGGAAAAAGCUUCACUAAAAAAUCUAAUCUUUAUAGACACAUCAGAAUUCACAGUGGUGAGAAGCCUUUUUCCUGUACCAUUUGUAACAAUACAUUUACUCAAAAGAGUAAUUUGACUUCUCACAUGAGAUUUCACACAGGUGUGAAACCUUUUGAAUGUCUGUCCUGUGGAAGAAGCUUCAUUACCAAAUCUUAUCUUGAUAAACAUAUCAGAGUUCACACUGGUGAGAAACCUUUUGAAUGUCUGUCCUGUGGAAAAAGCUUCACUAACAAAUCUGAUCUUGACAGACACAUCAGAGUUCACACUGGUGAGAAGCCUUUUUCCUGUACCAUUUGUAACAAUAACUUUACUCAAAAGAGUCAUUUGACUUCUCACGUGAGAAUUCACACAGGUGUGAAACCUUUUGAAUGUCUGUCCUGUGGAAAAAGCUUCACUAACAAAUCUCAUCUUGAUAGACACAUCAGAAUUCACACAGGUGUGAAGCCUUUUGAAUAAGUCACUGCAGUUAAAUUCCACAGGAAUGAAAAGUAGAGUUGUUUACCAUGUUUGACUGGUGAUAAAAUCUCCAUCUAGAAACUCCUUCACCUCAUUACAUUAGAAACUCACGGGUUAAUGUCCUUUUUUUUUUUUAGGCAAGUUUUGAGAAAGCCAUUAAUCAACAACUCUGUAUUAGGGUUGUCAAAAGUAUUGAUACUCAAACGUUGUAUCCAGAUACAAUACUUAUUUGGGUCAAUGACGUAUAAGGCCUUUGAGAGGCUCAUUUUUAAAAUACUUGAAAUAAUAAUAAAUUUGGCUAUUUUCUAAACAUUUGGAGUGUAGUCUACACAUGCAUGUGUGUGAAAACUUCAAACAAAGAUAUUUUAGUGCUUUUAAACUCAAAUGAAUCGGGCAACGACCUUAAAAAAGUCAUUUGGGGCGACCUUAAUUU